UGUUUUUUUUUUUCGUUAUGAUUUACCUGUGCAUGUAAAUCAAGUUUUUUUUAUAAAAUGAAAACGUUUCUUUCCGCAUUUUUCUUAGUGCUAUAUUUCCAUAAAUUCGACCAAUGCAGUGGUGAAAAAUUGAUCGUCAACACGGACGGCGGUGCCGACGAUGCCAUCGCCAUUAUCAUGCUUCUGUUGCACGAGAGGCUCGCGGGGGAGGCGAAAAAAUUCGAAGUCAUCGGUAUCAUCUGCUCGUACGGCAACACGAGAGAGCCACAAGUCGAACGAAACGUUUUACGAGUCUUGACGCUGCUCGGACGCGAAGAUAUUCCAGUGUACGAGGGCCCGCAAAUCGGUUUCAACAGACGAUUCGCUUCCGACUCCUACUUUGGUGAAGAUGGAUUUGGUAAUGCAAAAUUCGAUUGGCCCGUAAAGGGCGAAAUUCGGCGAACUAUGCCAGCCCACGAGGCAAUAAUCGAACUAGCUCGCAAACAUUCGGGUGACGUGAGCGUAGUAUCGUUAGGACCGACCACCAAUGUAGCGAAGGCCAUCCUGUACGACGAUGAUUUAACUUCGCAUUUGAACUAUAUCUAUACUAUGGGUGGCAAUGUGGCCGAUCCGAAUGAUCCAACAUCUCACGUCGAGUUCAAUUUUCUCGCCGAUCCGAAGAGCAAUUUCAUUCUCUUCGAUGCAGCGAAUGAAUUACAAGUUAUUUUAGUGCCUUGGGAAACAGUCACCACCACCGGUAUUUCAAAGGAAUGGAGAGUCAAUGUGCUAGGAAAAAUUGAUUCGCCCAUCGUUGAUUUUAUGAACAAAAUAGAGGCAAUUAGUUUGAGCAAGGAAAAAACAAUGUGGACCUCAAGCGAUGCACUUUUAGUAGCAUGCAUGCUCGAUCCUGCUUUAAUAAGGUCUGUCAAGUUAACUCAUGUAGAGGCUAUAGUUACAGGACCACAAAGAGGAACCAUCAUUAUGGAUGAUAGAUCUGAUGCCUUGAAAAAUACUAUUGUUAUAGAAAAGAUCGAUUACAUAAAAUUAAAGUAUUUCAAAGAUUAA